ACCCACAAGGACACUAGAAUUUUUAACUCACCAUCUUUUUUGUUUUCACUAGGCAAAUCUUUCAUACCAUUGUGAAAAAAAUGAUCUGUUCAUUUUGUCAAUAAUUUCAUCGUAAUUCGUAAUUUGAACUUUCAACUAAAAAUUGUGUAAAUUAUUCAACUUUUACAGUUUGCAUUGGCAGUGAUCUUAUCUUUCCAUCUAACCGUCUAUUCAACAAAAUACUGGUUUACGUGGUUUCAUCUCAUUUUUAUCAACACUGGAUGACUUAUUUUGUUUGACCAGUUUCACCAGUAAUUUGACUUUUUUUUUACUUACGACUGUGAUUUUAACCAAAAAGGAUAUAAUAUGACUUCUCGCACUAGAUAUGGUUCAGAAGUCAGUUCCAUACGAUUGUCGACUCGCUCAGCUCCAAGAUACUGGGGUCAAUCAGUGGCUAGUGGUGACUAUGAAGCUAUAAAAGGAUCCCAAGAACCUGGCUCAUAUUUAACUAAAAGACAACAAAUUUUAUUUAUUUUUGCUCUGUGUUACGCAAAUUUCGCCGAAGCCGCAUGUUACUCACUUCAAGCACCAUUUUUCCCCAAAGUGGCUGAAGAUAAAGGCGCCUCACCAGCUGUUUAUGGUUUCAUCUAUGCUGUCCUCGAAAUAACCAUUUUAUUUACCUCGCCAUUUUUUGGCAAAUUAGUCGCUUAUAUAUCAUGUAAUAUUUUGAUGCAAUUUGGUCUCGCUGUUUCUGGACUGACAAUAAUUUUAUUUGGGUUCACCAUUUACUUGCCAUCAGGACCUACUUUUAUCAUAGUUUGCUUCAUAAUUAGAAUUAUUGAUGGAGUUGGUGUUUCAGCCAACCUGACUUCAAGUUAUUCAGCCAUGGCUUCGCAGUUUCCAGAAAAAAUUGCGCUAGUUUUUGGCAUUCUUGAAGUUGCUUUCUCUCUUGGGUCAACGUUGGGACCAACUUUUGGUGGUUUCCUUUAUGAAGUUGGAGGCUAUUCAUUUCCAUUCAUGGUUCUUGGAUUCAUCCUUUUUGCAGCGACAUUUAUUAACCUCUAUUGUGCCCCAAAGAUAGAUACGCCAUCAACUCGACGACCGGUUUCCAUAAUCACCUUUUUGGCCGACUUUGAAACUCUGGUUGAUUUAUUAGGAAUUUGUAUUGCUUUCAUGGAUUUGGGUUUAUUGAAUGUUAUAUUAGAACCUCAUAUACGACGAUUCAAUCUCAGGCCCUUUUAUUUAGGAUUAAUUUUUGUUACACACGGCAUUGCCUAUGCAAUUUUCAGUCCAAUAAUCGGUUGGAUUGUUGAUCAAGGAGUUCCUCCUAAAGUGAUGAAUCUCAUUUGUUGUCCCAUCUCUUUGAUCGGUGCAUUAUUUGUUGGUCCAAUUCCUUUAAUUAACAUAGAGCCUACAGUUUGGACAGUUGUUCCUUCCCUGGCUUUCAUUGGAAUAGGUGAAGCUGGCAGAGCCUUGUGUGGUUUUGUUUCCGUUAAAAAAGAUACAAUACAUCGAAGAGGUUUCCUGGAAAACAUUGAAACAUAUGGUCUUAUCACAAGUACAUUUUUGGCAUGUACCAGUGUUGGAUUUUCAAUCGGACCUUCCAUCGGAGGAAUAGUUAUGGAAGCAUACGACACUCGAGUCACAACCUAUGUAAAUGUAGCAACAAACAUCUUCAUGGCAAUCAUGUUAACUAUAUGCCUCGUUUAUCGUCGUUACUCAAAAGCCAGUCUACCGGAUGACACUUUAAGUCUACUUAGGAAUCAAGUCCACGCCAAUAGCCAUCAUUGAUCAUGUAUUACAUUUUUAAUGUAUAAAAAUUGGAAUUUUUAGUGUUCACAAAUCCAGACAAUAGAUUCUCAAUGUAAACAAAAUGAGUUUUUUUGGUAAAGAUAAAUUACCUCAAUCAGAAGCUGGAAAAAUGCUCAUUAUCCGGAUUAAAUGAUUAACUAAAUAAAUUAUUGAAACUAGUUUUGUAAAAUUAUUGUGUAAAACUAGUUUACUAUUUUGAUUGUUGCCAUAAAAAAUUAAAGGUCUUAAUUUUUUCACUA